UCCUAUCGCCUUCAUUGGCCUUCAUAUUGGUUAGUUGCAGUGGUUAAAGAACGUUUGGUUCAGUAUUCAGUAGUGCUGCGACAACGAUAGCGGUAGUGUUAAUGAUGAAUGAAUAAAUCAUUUAAUAUAAGAGACAUAUUAGUUCUGUCAAUAUUUAAUAUUUUAUGUGUAUAAUUUGAAAAUAUGAAGCAUGAGGUAAAAAAGAAAUAAGUAUCGCGUAAAUUAAUAAUUUACAUUAAUCAUCAAACUGAUUUGUUGCAUUGAGGUUUUAUUUACUUAAAUGUGCUGAAUUCCUGGGAAAUAUGGAUAUGUUUGGUCUUCAUCAAUUCGUUGCAGCACCAAUAAAAAAUCUUUUUCGAUUUCAACGCAUUAAAGAAAUUAAAACUUUGCAUGCAUUGGAAAUUUUAAUUGGGCCUAUUUAAAUGAAAUGCAUUGCUAUUCUGCUUAUAAGUGGACAAAGAAGUAAUUUCAUCAAGUAAUGUUAUCUAUAGAAGAUCCAAUUUAUAUGGAUACUGAACUAUUAAAUCUUUACAAUGUUUUGGAAUAUAUGGAACGUGUAUUAUCAUCAAAUGUAGGUUGACAACUAAUGCGAUAAUGUGAUUUGCACAACUUCAUCAAUUAGCUGAACAUUAUAAGAUUCAGAAGUUCUGAGAAUCAUGAAGAAUUUUCUAAAAAGACCUUGAAAGAUAAUUUAACCUCUGAAUAAAUACUUAUUUACGGAUAUUCUAUUGCUUCAAGCCAAUGAAGAAAUCUAAGAAUAAAAUGGAUGAAUCCUCCAGCAUGUAGUAACGAAGCAUAUAUACCUACUUCUGUAGAACACAUGGCAAAUGUAGCUACUCAUGGGAUUUGGGUUGUACCAUCAGUUAUAGGUAGCUUGGAAUUGGUUCGCCGCUCUAUGACAUGGACCCAAUUGGUAUCAGCUUAUGUAUAUGGCACAUCCUUGAUUCUUAUUUUUACGGUCUCAACAUUUUUCCAUAGUGUACAUUACUGCAAUAAUAAUAGACACCUUAAAGAAACACUUCAUCGUUGUGAUCGUGCCAUGAUUUACAUUUUUAUUGCUGCUAGUUAUUUUCCUUGGUUAAAUGUAGAUCACUUUCCAAAUGAUGAAUUAUUAUUUACAAUGCGUUAUGUUGUUUGGAUUAUGGCAAUAUUGGGUAUACUGUAUCAACAAAUCUUCCAUGAACAAUAUAAAAUGUUAGAAACAAUUUUUUAUUUAAUUAUAGGAAUUGGUCCUAGUUAUGCAAUUAUUAAUGCAUAUCAUCAAUAUAACAUUACUGAAUUAAAAUUGGGAGGACUGUUUUAUAUUUUUGGCAUUGCGUUUUUUAAAUCUGAUGGAAGAAUACCAUGUGCACAUGCAAUUUGGCACCUUUUUGUUGCUGUAGCAGCUGGUUUUCAUUAUUAUGCCAUACUAAAUCAUGUCUUUCCUGCAGUCUGUCUGUCAGAUAAUUUUAUGACAGCAGAUGUAUCAUCAUUACCAAAACUGUUGAAAUCUCAUACUGAAGAGUUAUAAAAUCGAAUUUUUUAUUACAUUAAUUUUGUAUCGCAUCAAAAUUUUACAAAUGAGAAUUUUUAAUAUAAAAUUGAUAAAGUAAGUAUUAUUUCUUUUUAAUCUUCAAAUAUUAAUUUACAAUUAUGAGACUAAAACUAUUAAAAGAGAGAUAUCUCUAUUAUUUAAAUUUUUUGAGAAAUAGAGAUUAUCUAAUAUAGUGAAUGUACUAAUUUUAAAAAGUAAAUAUAUUAACCCUGUGGAGGUCGCGGUCGUAAAAAUUCCUUCAGAGGUCGCGGUGUAUUUGAUAGAUACAGUAACUUAAAAUCUAUACAGUGCUUAUUUUUGCGAAAAGGCUGUAUAUGAUAAAUAUAUGAAAAGUCUUUAAUUGUACUAAAAUUAAUAUAAAGUAUAAUAUAUAGAUAUAUUUACAGUAUAUAUAAACUAUAUUUAAAUAUAAAGAAUGAGCAAUUAUAAAUUUAGAAAUAUUUAGAAUUAAAUCUUACCUGUAUCUGUCAGAUCAACCACGAUCUUCGGAGGGUUAAGUACCUGAAAUAUACAUGUAAAAAUUAUAUUCUUGAAUUGUGGAUGUUUGUCAAAAUAUAACUAAAGCGGUAAAGAAAAUAUUCAGCUAUCAUAAAAUUGUUAUUUGUAAAAUAUGAAUUUCUACGUAUUUGUAUUAAAAAAGUAACUUUACACGCUUUAAUAAUAGUUUUAAAUUUAGAUAUAAUGAAAUGGAGUAUUACAUAAUAAAACUACGUUCAUCCGAACAUAUUGGGAAAUAGUAAUAACAUAAUUUAGAUAUUUGUUUUAUUGAUAUGAUAGAAAUUUAGUGAUUCUCUAUUGCACUUAUUCAAAUAACUGAAUUUCAACUCAUUCCUUUGUCUCUUUUUUUUUUUGUUCAUAUCUUUUUACGUUUUGGGAUUUUGUGCGUUUCAAUCUGUUUAAGUUAUUAGAACAUGGUGAUGAUAUUUAUUAUAUUUACAUCAUUCCAUAUUCAUAUUCAUACACUUAUUAUAGCAUUAUUAGGAGUUAGGUUAUCUUCUGUACGAAAAAACUUGUCAAACAAGUGUUGAAUUGAUGUCGAUGAGAACACAAUUUGAUAUUUUUAUUUUCUUGCAGAUGGACACAUAGAAGACAUAUGUAUGAAGGUUAACUACGCUUUUUUACAUCUGUUUUUUUCUUUAAUAAGUAUAUUUUACUUAGCUUCACUGGAUUGUAUUCCCAAUAUGGUUGAUUUGUCAAUAUUAUAUUCUGAUGACAAAGUUGAUUCGCCCAUUUUCAAUCGUUUGAGGAUAUUACAUUUUUUACUAAGAUUUAGUAUUAUUCUUUUUCUUUCCAAGAUAUAUUGCCAAGAUAUAGAUACAUUAAAUUUUUUUUCAAUAAUUUGAGCCAAUUUUGAGUUUCAUUGUUAUAUAGUAUCGUCUCAGUAAUGUGUUCAUAUUCCUUCACUGGGACAUAUGAAAUAUGUUCUGAAUACGAUAAAUAGUUAGAUAAUAAAUAAUAGAAGAUCAGCUACAAGUUCAAAUAUCUGAAACUGAGUAUUAACUUGUAUCUGUAAACAAAGUGUGAUAAAUGAAGAUAAACAAAGCUCUACUUUAUAUAUGUACUUUCUAUAUAAUAAUUUGAUUUUAUAUAAAAAGUAUGAUAGCAAGCCCAAGUUUGUAUAAUAAAUCAACAUGUUAGUUAAAUUAGAGACUGACAAAAAUUGUUCAGAUAAAUGGAAUCCUAUUGUAAUAGUAAAUGAUGCCUAACA